AUGCUAUGGAUCGGCAUACUGCUUCUCAUAUUUGCUUAUGAAGUUUCAAACGACCACGUCACAUUUUUGGGAAGAUAUACUUGCAACGUGAACUUUGAAGAAGAGUACUGUACCAGAGACACAUAUGUCGGUCUAGCCUUCUAUUAUGGCUUGAUUGAUGGCGGCGGUGUUCGCAAAAACGGAACCUUCAUCAAUUCCAAUGUUACAGUUAACUUUUUUGAUCCCACCGUUCAGGGAAAUUUUUCGAAUGGAACGGACCAUUAUUCAGAGUCUGUACUCGACAUGCUUCUUAAUGAGGAUCCGAAUGAUCCAAUGUUGGCUGUCAUUGGUGUUGAAUCCCAAUGCCAACAAGUUGCUGCGUUAGCACAGGCAUUCGAAAAAGCUUCUCUUCUUUUGAACUGCGAGGAUGAAGUUGGUGAAGCUCAUAUGCCAUCAGAAACUGCGGCUCAGCUGGCUUCUACCCAAGGGUCAAAGUAUCGCGCUUUUGCAAAAAUGGCCAAGUCGCUUGGUUGGACGAAUGUGGCUGUUAUCAAUUUUGAAGACGAUACGUCAAACGAUAAAACGUAUCACAAUCAAUUAUUGGAUGCACUAUCGAAGGAAGCGAUUACUUUAGAUUAUGUGAAAAAGGGUGGGUUUUCUGCUUCUCAAACAACUGCGAUGUUUUCUGGUCUCGAAAGUAUUGUGGAUGUUGUGAUGGAUUCUUACUUGAAGACGAGAAUUUAUGUUCUUGUUAUGGAUUACCCGGGUCCGACACAACUAUUCAUGAAUGUCAUGUCAUCCAUGGGUCUAUUGGAAACUGGAAGAUACUUUGUGAUUAUUAUUGGAACAGUUCAAUCUGAUUAUUUGCUAUAUUUUAGUUUUAAUCGCAAUAGAAUAUCAACGUUUUUUGAAAACGUCAAUUAUGGAAUAUCUGAUCCAAUGACGAGACAAUAUUACAGGUCAUAUCUUUACUUCAGUGAUGUUAUCCGAUUUCCAAAAGAUUACAGCGACGAAUGGCUCGGAUUCCAGGAUCGCGUCAAUAACGAUGCGCAUAAAACGUUUUGUCCGCCGCUUUGUGAAACUAAAGCUGAAGCAAUUGCUGAAAAUUCACCUUUUGACCCACAUAGUUAUUGGGAAACUGAAACGACUGCAAUUGCUAAUGCUUAUGAUUUGGGAUUGGUGCUUUCUGAGACAGUUGCAGUACAUGGAGUUGAAGUAUUGAAAGACGCAAUAACUUUGGUCAACUACAUGGGUAGUCGAGCAGUCUCAUCACUUCUCGGCUAUGUGGCGAAAUUUAGCGCAUCUAGAGUCCUUCAACGGCAAUAUAUUGUUUGGUCGCCACAAGACCCGUCCAGUGACAAAGGUCCACUAGAAAUUAGCAUUUGGGCGCAAAUAGCGGCAAAAUUAUCCCCAGAUGGAAAGGGAGGAUACCAAGUCGCUUGGAGGAAUCUUACCCAGCUUGGAGUCAUUAAUGGAAAACUUCCCUCUUCGAGACCAAAAUGUGGAUUCAACGAUGAGCUUUGUCCAAAGGACUUAAAACUCGAGAUUAUUAUAAUCUGCGUUUGCGCACUCGCCAUUCUUGUUCUCGUUGGUGUCAUCGUUUAUAUAAUUAAAUGGAUAUCGUAUGAAAGACGGUUGGAGUCUUCUUAUUACUUGGUGAAUCGGAAGGAGGUGCAGCUUAUUGAUAUGACAAGUUUUGGAUCUAGCAGAGCGGGAAGCAUGUUUCAAAGUGCAAUGAGUAUCAAAUCGGUGCAUGACGAUUCCGGCCCGGGUGGAGUUAAUUUGCAAUUUUACAAUCACGGAAUUCGACGAGCUGCUAGACAAAGAAGGAUGAGAAAUGAAACAAGCAACGCUAAUAUAAAUCGUGAAUCGUGGUUGGAAAUUGAAGAGUGGCACCUUGCCAAAUUUGACACCGCCAUUGUUACCGUUCGCAAAAUCAAAAAAUCACAGCUGAAGCUAACUCGUGAAAUGAAACAGGAAAUCGAUUAUCUCAUGACAGAAACCCAUGAAAACUUGAACAAGUUUCUUGGGCUCAUUAAUGAAGGCGAUCUUAUAUUUACAAUUCAUUUGUAUGGUCCACGAAAAAGCAUGAAUGAUUUAUUGAGAAAUCAAGAUUUGAGACUUGACAGAAUGUUCCAAAUUUCGUUUGUUGAAGAUAUUAUGAAGGGUCUUGCAUUUUUACAUGAUGGUUCAAAGAUUGGAUAUCACGGAAACCUCAAAAGCACGAACUGUGUUGUCGAUGCGUAUUGGAGAAUAAAGUUGAGCUCAUUUGGAAUGGAAAAAAUUCGGCAAGAUGAACCUCGAAUGAAAGCUGAUGAUCAGCUUUGGUCUGCUCCUGAAAUUGUGCGCAGGUAUUGUGUGAAAUACGAUUUAAGCAAAGAUGAACUACGGAAGGCGGAUAUUUAUUCUUUUGCAAUUGUUCUGUACGAAAUUUUUGGAAGACAGGGACCAUAUGGCGACGAUUUACUUGAUUCGGAUGAAAUCAUUGAGCAAAUAAAGUUUCCGGAAGGUGGUGCAAUCACACGGCCGGAUAUUCACUUGAUUACAAAAGCGCCACAUCCAGUAUGUCAAGUGGUGGAAAAAUGCUGGAAUGAAGAUUCAUUUACACGUCCGACAAUCAAAAAAGUUCGUGAAAUGUUGAAGCCGUUAUCAUGUGGAAUGAAAGGGAAUAUUGCCGAUAAUAUCAUGCAACUACUCGAUAGAUACCGCAACAACCUGGAAGAUGUUAUUAAGGAAAGAACGGAACAACUUGAAGAUGAAAAGAAAAGAAACGAGAAUUUGUUAUUGCAGCUGUUGCCAAAAACUGUUGCGGCUAACUUGAAAAAUGGCAAGCCUGUCGAAGCUGAGUUCUUCUCGAGUGUCACAAUUUAUUUCUCGGACAUCGUUGGAUUCACAUCGUUGAGUAGCAAAAGUACAUCGUUGCAAAUUGUCAACAUGCUCAACAGCCUCUACACAAUUUUUGACACGAUCAUUGAUAAAUUCGACUGCUAUAAGGUGGAAACCAUUGGAGAUGCCUAUAUGUUUGUCUCCGGCCUACCCGAACUUAAUGGAUAUUUGCAUGCUGGAGAAGUUGCGGGAGCAAGUUUGGAACUCCUGGAAAGUAUUCGAUCGUUUUCGGUUAGCCAUGCUCCUGAUGAAAAGCUUCGUCUUCGUAUUGGAAAUCAUACCGGAUCUGUGGUUACUGGGGUCGUCGGAAUUAAAAUGCCACGAUAUUGUUUGUUUGGAGAAAGUGUAAUAACAGCAAAUUUUAUGGAAAGCAGCGGAGAAGCAAUGCGAAUCCAAAUGUCGAGUUCCACUUAUGAACUAAUUCUUAAAUGUGGCGGUCAUGAUGUUCAACCAAGAGAGAAAAUUACAUUGAAGAACAAAAUGGAAGUUAUGACAUAUUGGCUUAACUCGUAUUCUCGAGAAGCUCGUAUUGCCCGUCUCAAGCAGUUUAUUGAACAAUAUCCGCAUUUGCAGCGAUUGAUCAUGAAGCAGAAAAAGCUUAACUGA